AUAGCUAGACUAUUUUGAUGGGCUAUUUUAUUUUGGAUGUUUCAUAACUUUGUCGUUUGUUAUAGUAAAUGUAUAAGCUACCUUAGGCUACGCCAUAAAACACAAACAAGAUGAAUAUUCAAAGUAGUGAUAUUAGCUCGUUUAAAUGUAGUUUAGUCAAUGUGAACCUGGUUGCGCACAAGGUGGGGGUGAUCGCCGGGCCACUCUGUCUGGAGGGUCAUCCAGGAUUCGUGCACUCUGGUUGGUCCCCCGGCCUUGCUUGCGCUGGACAACAGCAGGAAUAAUGAAACUACAGGAUGCUGGCCGUUGAGUGAUGCGUUCGGGCCCACUGGAAGAUAUUUAUAUCUUAAAUUCUGCAGUGGAGACAGUGGAAUGAGGAAUGAGAGUCUCAGAGAAUAUUCGCAAACCAACUAUAUUCCUGAACAGGCGGGCUACUACCCCUCUUCUCAAGAGACAGGCUACCCUGCAGACCUCUGCCCCCGGUCAGACUACACACCACAGACCUACACUUGUGAAACCGUGCAACAGCAGGGUCGUGAGCCGGGGCUUUCCAGCCAGCCUCUUCCCUUCACCGGUCAGACGGAACCAUGCUCCCCUGUCCACCUGCCCGGUCCAAGGACCUGCGGCCCGCAACAACAGCAGAAAAGUGAGAGCAAGCCUCCGGCUGUUGUCUACCCGUGGAUGAAAAAGGUGCACGUUGUCACCGUGAACCCGAACCACACGGGACCGGAGCCCAAACGGUCGCGGACGGCGUAUACUCGGCAGCAGGCUUUAGAACUGGAGAAGGAAUUUCAUUUUAACAGGUACCUCACACGGAGGCGACGCAUUGAGAUUGCACAUACGCUGUGUCUAUCGGAAAGGCAAAUUAAGAUCUGGUUCCAGAACCGGAGGAUGAAGUGGAAGAAGGACCAUAAACUUCCCAACACCAAAGGCCGAUCCUCCGGUGGCCCUGGCCAGAGAUCGCUGGCAGUAAAGGACGACCCUACUCACAUCACGGCACUGUAGGACAGGGCACUCCGUCCUGGAAGAACUGGGUUUAAACAGCUAUGUUGAAACACCUGGAGAACACGCACACAGACAGUUUAUAUGAAGACACAAUUUUUGUUCCGAUUCAAGGCUGAUCCAUGCAGAGAAACAGGCUUCGGGGUUAAUGCAACUCAACUUAAACCUCAUUUUACCUGUUUGACUGAAAUAGACUAAAGGUGAACAAGCCCACGUCCAGUUAUGUCUGUUCUUGAUGACAGUAGGCUAUUUAUAUUCAUCAGUUUGAUAUGCUAUGUUCAUUAUAAUCUUUCAUUUCGUCCUUUCUGUAUUUCUGGGGGUGAAUAUCGCCCGUUAAUGUGUAAAUGCGGCAUAUUUUAUUUGUAAAAAUGCUUCUGAAUGCCCGAAUACCAAUAAUGUAAACUACAAAUAAAGUAGUUAUUUUAAACUAUAAAUAUACUUUGUAAAGCUAU